GGCACGUCGGUGUCUGUCAUAUGACUGUCAUUUCCUGGUAUCGUCGGUGGUAGCUGCAUCCAAACACCACUGACUGAGCGUCUCCGUCGGUUGUUUUCUCUCCAGUGGCUGACCCUGCAAACUACCCAGCCAUGAUAUCUCGCUGCCUUUUCUUUUUUGUGUUUGGAAUCGUGUUCCAGCUAUCACAUGGCAUUGAGUUCAAUGUCACAAAAGAUGGAAAGUUAUGCCUCUAUGCCGAUCUGAAGCUCACAUUCUCGGUCACCUAUGAAGAUCUUGACAACCAGACUCAGACAGCUGUGUUUGCUUUAACUGAUGACGCCGAUUCAACUAAAAGUACAUGUGAGCCCAUGCACUCAAUACUGAUGCUUAAUUUUGGAGCGGGUCACUCUUUUACUAUGAGCUUCUCCAAGAUUGGAGAAGGUUACGAGGCGGACGUAUUCUCCUUUACCUACAAUCUCGGCGACCCUGUCCACUUCCCUAACUCUAAAUCAAAAGACACUCCUACAGCAAUGGGGGUUCUUGACAUUAAAAACAUAGGCAUGGACACCUGCUACUCGUGCAAAAGUGAAGACCUGAUCGAAAGUGGUGAUGUCAACAUUACGCUGUGGGAUGUGCUUAUACAGGCUUUUAUCAGUGAUGGCAACAAGAGUUCUGAAAUAAGCUCCUGUCCUGCAGAUCAACCCGUCUCAAGUACAACUGCUGGUCCAAAUACCACUACUACCGCUGCCCCUAAUGCCACAACCACACUUGCCCCCAAUGCCACAACCACACUUGCCCCAAUACAACCACACUUGCCCCCAAUACAACACACUUGCCCCCAAUACAACCACACUUGCCCCCAAACAACCACACUUGCCCCCAACACAACCACACUUGCCCCCAACACAACCACACUUGCCCCCAACACAACAACUACGACUGUCCCUACUACCACCCCGGUACCCACUCUCCCUGUACCCAGUACUGGGAACUACAGCAUCAGGGCUGAUGAAAAUGGCACAGUCUGUCUGCUGGCCAACUUUGGUCUGCGCAUUGGUAUUAAGGGCGAGGAAAUGAAUUUGGAUCCCAAUAGGGCCAAUGUCUCUGGAUCAUGUGCUGUCAACAGCAGUGAGCUUAUUUUGGCAUCUAAAGAAAUGACUAUCAAGUUUACCUUUACCAAUGACACAAAGAAAUUCCGCCUGCAUGCCCUGAGCAUCAGUGUCAGCACGGGCUCUGGUAAUUUUUCUGCAGAGAACUCCAGCCUCAAUCUGUGGGAGACCUCCAUCGGCAGCUCCUACAUGUGUAACAAGGAGCAGACCUUCAACAUCACCGACGCACUCACCAUCUACACCUUCAGCCUGCAUGUGCAGCCCUUUGGAGUGAACAAAGGUGUUUUCAGUACAGCCCAUGAAUGUUCAGUGGACGACACCAGCAUCUUAGUCCCAAUCAUUGUUGGCUCUGCUCUGGCUGGCUUGAUUCUCAUUGUAGUGAUUGCUUACGUGAUUGGUCGAAGAAAGACUUACGUUGGAUAUCAGACUCUUUAAAUUCAUAUUGCAGUCGAUCUUGUGAUGUUAUGGGGGUUCCCAAGCCUGGUCCUUGGCCUUCAUGGUCACACAUUCAUGAGUUGGUCUAACACUAAAUCUACAGUUUUGUGAAAUGGCAUCAGUGUGGAGGGGGAAUCAAAAUUUACUGUCUGAUCAUUGAGGUUUAAAGUUUUGGUUAUUUCAUAAAGAUACAGGAAUUUCUCUCAAGGACCAGACUUGUCUACCCCCAAGUGUUUGUGGUGUCUGUUUUUUGUUUCCUCAUGUUGUUUUUGUUUCCCCUGAAUGUCUUUUCUGUUGUUGUGCUUUUUGUUAAUGGGCAAGUGCAAGAUCCAUCAAGCAUUUGUUUAAAUUGGAUAUCUGGUCAUUCAAAAGUCUACCAUUACCUUUUCAUAAACGAAUCCCCCUGAACGCUUUCCACAUUUCUAGCACAAGAUGUGACCAUGUAAUUGGUUUCUGUAGGAUCCUGCACUCGCUCAGCAGACAUUCCCCCCCCUUUUUGGUUUUGUCAUGAAAACACAUUUGUUUUGAUUUUUUUUUUCUUUUUUUUCUUUUUCUUUUUUUUUUACCCCAUUGAAAAUUUGAGGUUUUCAAUUGAUUGAUGUCACAGCAGCUUUUUUUUUUUUUUUUUUUUUUUUUCUCUUCUCCUUCCCUUGAAAGUUCAUUAACACAGAUGAAUGUCUGCUCCUUUUAAAAGGCUGUAGAUAAAUAUGCCUUAGUUCAUGUUCGCCCCUGUAGAGCAGGAGAAACAUCAGAUACUUGUCCUGGUUAUGUGGCUCCAGUCAUGUCAUUGAUCAUAUCAAGAGUAAAAGCACACAUGGCGCUAAUGACUUUAACAAAGGCUCACCGAUGGAUUAUAAAGACGCUCAGAGUGACAAACCUGUGUGUGAAGCCAUUGUUAGUCAUUACAUUUGCACAUGCUCUGUUCAGAUAAACUGAAAAUUGUGUGGGGUGGUUUUCUCUCUUCCUCCCCCUCCUAAGACAUUUUGGCAUUAUGUUUAGAAAAGGGAUCGUACUAUUGUGUAGAUAUUCACUUUCAGCACAGAUGAUUCUGAAAUGGGGAUACUUGCAUGUAAAUGCACUUAAACACUCUUUAUAUUUUUCUUCCGUUGACUCUGCUGUCACAUGAUCUCACCUGUGUAAAAUUCUGGGCUUUGGCCUGAGCUCUGUGGGUGGCUGCUGCUGGAUCAGUGGGUGUUAAAGCCCCUGAAAACUUUGGGUUCAGAGCUCUGCAUCUUUAGAUAUGUCACUGAACUGAGUAGGAAUGACAAAUGGUGCAGAAAUGGUUUGAUGUGUUGGGAAACUUGCAAUUCUCAUGCAUCUCUCUAGCUCACAACUUGACAUGUUCAUAUCAUGUUUGGUUAAUCUGUGCUACAACUCUUAACAAAGUCAGUCCAGUUUUCCAAAUGCCAAACUGUUUCUGUUAGGUUUCAGCUUACCUGUCUCUUUAAGACAUCCUCAGGCUGUAGUUUCAUCAGAUUAUUCUAAUAAAUGUGCAAGCAACCACACAACUGCCAGGAUAACUUUAAUUGGUGUGCUGAAAUUAGUGAUAACUUGACAUUAAAGAGGCUGAAAGUAGGUUUUCAGGACCUUUCAAAUCAGGGAGUUGGAGCAGAGUAGCACAGUUGUGUAUGGCAGGCCACAGAAUGUGUUCUUUGUAAUGACAGACAGGCUGUGACACAACAGUAGCUGUAUGUUAAUUCAAGCAGAGUGCUGUGUACUGUUUAUUGUUCCAGCUUGUCGCAGCCAGAAAUCAUUACUUUUUUUUUUUUUUUCCAAGAUGCUUGUGAAAUUUUGCUUUUCCCAGGUCACUGUAUAUGUGUAUAGUUAAUGGCACUUAAAUAAGAGCUUUGACUUUUGCUUGUGAUUGUUGCUGUUUGUAUUUCAGCUUUGUACAAGUUGCCUUAAUGAUGAAGAUGGGUUUUGCAGCAUUAAGAGUUUUAAUUAGACAACUGUCAAAUCAUCUAACAAGCUUUGCUCAGUAACUUUGUCCUGUGCAUUCAGUAACCCACUGCUUACUCGCGUGAUUUUUGGCUGCUUAAUUUCCCUCCACUCGUGGAGGAGAACGCACACACUUAAAGGGAAUCUGUGCUGCAAGACAAUCUGUGUGUUAUGUGGAUGCAACUGAUUUCCUCUGCAUUUUCUCAUGCUGUUAGCUAUAAUAAAUUGGAUUUCAAAUUGUGUCAGUGGAGCUUUUUAGUGUUUUCUACAGAAAUAAAAGAAUGUGCUGUUGA